CCGGGCGGCGGUCCCCGGAGCUCCCCGGAGCUCCCCGGUUCUCCCCGGCGGUCCCCGGAGCUCCCUGGAGCUUCCCGGCUCUCCUUGGCGGCGCUCCCCGGAGGUCCCCUCACAGCGGUCCCCUCAGAGCUGCCCCCUCAGAGCUGCCCCCCGCCGCCCGCGCUCCCCUCAGAGCUGCCCCCUCAGAGCUGCCCCCUCAGAGCUGCCCCCUCAGAGCUGCCCCCUCAGAGCUGCCCCCCGCCGCCGGCAGCAUGGGCGGCUCUGCCUCCAGCCUUCUGGACGAGAGCAAGUGCACCUACAUCCGAGGAAAAACAGAAGCUGUCAUCAGAAACUUCAGCCCGCACUACAGACGCCAGUACGCGGUGGCUUUCUGCAAGCACGUGCAGGAUGAGCUGGAGCAGCACCGGGAUUUCCAGUCUCGGUUCCUGAAAACCAAGCCCCCGGCAGAAGCUGGGACAGUCCUGUAUGAAGCAGAGCUGCUGCAUUUUGCUGAGGAUCUGAAGAAGUGGAAGGACAGAUAUGUCGUUAUCAAAAACGACUACACUGUGGAUUGCUUUGAGACUAAAGAGGCCUACCAGAAAGGAGCCAGCCCUAAAUAUCAUGUUCUUCCUGCAGGAGGCAAAGUACUGACUUCAGAAGAAGAUUACAAUUUACUGUCUGAUAAACAUUUUCCAGAUCCUGUUGGGUCAAGUGAGAAGGAGGUCCCGCAAGCCUUUGUUCAGCUGCCGAGGGAGUUCCCGGUGUAUCUGUGGCAGCCCUUCGCCCGGCACAGCUACUACUGCUUCCCGGAGCCCGAAGCUCAGAGGCAGUUCAGCGCCGUGCUGGGGGACUGCGUGAGACACUCAAACCACGAUUUUCUCAAGCAGACCACAUAUGAAGUUGAGGCGUUCUUAGAAGCCAUUCAGUUCUUCCGGCAGGAGAAAGGACACUAUGGGACGUGGGAAAUGAUAACUGGCAAUGAAAAAGAGAUCCUGAGCAACCUUGUGAUGGAGGAACUCCUGCCUAACCUUCAGACGAUGAUUCUGCCUAAAAUGAAAGGAAAGAGGAACGAUAGGAAGCGGGCCUGGUUUGGGAUUGUAGAAGAAACUUACGGCUUAGUCCAGCAGCAAGUGUCAGAAGGAUUAAGUACCUUGAAAGAAGAAUGCAGAGAUUUUGCAAAAACUCUUGAAGGAACCAUUCGUUCAGAUAUGGAUCAGAUUCUGAACUCCAAGAACUUCUUAGCUGGAAAAAUCAAAGCCACUGUUUCUGAGCCUGCCCAGAAGUGCUGCACAGAAAAUAUCCAGCCAUUUCUCACAUCCAUAUUAGAGGAGCUGAUGGGUCCGGUGAGUUCUGGAUUCACGGAAGUCCGCUCACUUUUUGAUAAAGAAGUUAAUGAAAUCAUCCAGGACUUCCAGAAGACGAAUGAUAUCACGAAGCUAAAGGAGAAUGUGGAUCAGCUUACGAACCUACCGUUCAACUCUGUGAAAAUGGAGCUCUGCUAUCUGAAAGUGAACCUCCUCCAGGAGCUCCUUCAAGACCUCAAGAGUCGCUUCAAGGUCUAUCACAUCGAUUAUGUGAUUCAGAGGACACAGAACUUCAUGCAAGAGCUGAUGGAAAAUGCAGUUUAUACCUUUGAGCAGUUGUUCUCUCCAAGUCGCCAGGCAGACUCAGCAAAAGUUGCAACAACCAUUGAAAAAGUCAAGCUGAGAGUACUGAAGCAAUAUGAUUAUGACAGCAGCACUAUCCGGAAGAAGAUAUUUCAAGAAGCACUGGUACAGAUUACUUUGCCCACAAUGCAAAAGACACUGGCUUCAACGUGCAAACCAGAGCUGCAGAAAUACGAGCAGUUCAUUUUUGCUGAUUACACUAGCGUGAUCCAAGUAGAGAAUGUGUAUGAAGAGAUUUUAUAUCAGACACUGCUUGAAGAAACCCUGAAAGUGAUAAAAGAAGCUGCCAUUAUGAAGAAGCACAACCUCUUUGAAGAUAACUUGAAUUUGCCCUGUGAAAGCGUGUCCAGCUUAACAGACCUGAAGACCCCUUCAGGAUCAGCACAAACCACUCCUGCGAAGAAGCCUUCCACUGCCCGAGCUGAGACGUCAGACACUGAAACUCAAAGUGAUGAAACGCUCAUUGUGACGGAAAAAAUCUCUUGGGAGAAAUAUGCUGAUGACAGAAAGUCAUCAGACAAAGAGGCCAUCGCUUCUGUUACUGUGGCUGGUGAUCAGGCAAGCAGAAGUGAACAAGUGGUCAUUACAGACAUCGGUAAAAACCAGGAGACCCUUCCAGCUACCCUUACAAAAGAAGAAGUUGCAGAGGAAAAAAGUGGUUUGGAGAAUGAAGACACAGGGAAAGUAGAGUUUGUAGCGAACACUGAGAAGGAGCUUAAGACACAACAGGAAGCUGUAGAGGAAAAAGCAGUUCAUGGGACUGAAACUGCAGUGAAAGAUUUUGGAGCCAGUCCUAAAAAAGAACUUAAGGUACAUGUAGGAGCAGUGGAGGAGAAGGUAACUUCUGAGAGUCAAAUGGCAACGGCUGCUGCAUUUGUUGGUGGCACUGAAAAAGAAAGCAAAGCAGAAGAAAAGGUUGCUGAGAUAAAGCCGACUUCCCCACAUGAUAGUGUAGCAGAAGCAGAGAUUUUAGGAAAUACUGAAAAGAAAAUCAAAGUAGAAGAAGAAAUUAUGGAAAAAUUAUCUCAGAGUGGAAAUGCAGUAGGAACAGGGUUUGAAGAGGAUAGUAAAAAAGAAGGCAAUGACCAAGGAGCGAGUACUGAGACAAAGAUUACUUCCCAGGAUGAAACCAGAGGGAAAGGAACGUUUGGGGAUAAUCCUGAAAAAGAAAGCAAGUCAGAAGAAAAGAGUUGUAAAUCCCCUGACGAUGUGAAUGAGAUAAGGAGUUUGCUGAUGGUAACGGUUGAGAUACCAGCAGAUACUGCAGCUGAGAACAUAAAGGAGAUUUGUGAAGAUGAGAUAUUAAAGUUACAGGAGCGCAGUAAAGAGAACAACGAGAUGAGCAAAACAGCUGCAGCAGAAAUUCAAGUGAGCCAGACGACGAUGAAUGAACAUGCCGCAGAAUGUGCAGAGUUCAAGGAGGACCAACCAUCUUCAUCAAGUUGGGGGACAGAUGGUACGAAUUUGGUGAACGUGUCCGAGGGGGGCUGCAGUAUGGCACAAGCUGAAUGGCUGGUGGAAAGUUCAGAUGUGCCUCAGGAGGCAGAGGGGGAGAUCAAGCAAAGCGUUUGGUACACGGGUGUGGGAAGCUGCAAAAGUGAUAGCUUGCAGCCAGAGGAACACAUUGAAUACGUGUCUGAAGGCAAAAGAUUCGCUGGGAAGGAAGGAGGAGCAGAGAAUAGCCAUGCCAUUCCAGUGGAGGUAGGGGCCGAGAGCUCUUUUUGUAAUCCUGCUGCAAGCGCAGACACAAUGCAGGUGCCCGUUUUGGAUACAGAAAACCCAAGCACAGGACUGCGAGACGUGCCAGUUUCCUUGGUGCCAGAGCAGGGUGAGGUUAGCACUGUAGAGGUCACGGGAGAUACAGAGGCUGAGGAGGCUGAAGGGAAGCCAGAACAUGAAUCAUCUUCACACACGGAAAUAAAAAGCACAGAAGCAAAAGGUAUUUUCACAGAAGAAGACAGAGAAGAUGGUUAUGCACAGCAAAACUCUGGAAAGUAAGAAGCGUUUUUCAUCCCGGCCCUGCAGGAUUUAUUUACUCCAGUAAUCCCUGUUGAAUUGUGAAUACUUGCUUGGGUCGGGGCUAGAGGAAAUGGGCUUUGUUGUGGUAUUACCAGCCCUUGCAGUUUUAGCACGGAUCCCUUCCUGAGUGAUGGGUGAUAGUUUCUUAUUGGUUACAGCCCACACUGUUUAAAACCAGGUUACUGUUGGGGAACCUCAUCUUUCACUUAACAUUUGCUACCUUUUAUGGUUAUAGAAAAAGUCUGAAAAUGUGACCACUAAAUGCUUCAAAAGCAACUCACCCCCAACUAUGAAGUUAUUUUAACAACUUAACUGUUCUUAGGUGUUUUAGCAGGGGAGCAGCUCGUGAUUUUUAAAUGCAUGGAUUUGACAAGUACUCCUAUGAUUCUUAGGUGGCUGGUACAUACAUUGCUAUUUGAGGAUGCUUUUAGUAUUUGCAUGCAGUAUACAGGACAUAAAUAAAACUUUUAGUAAACAGAACCAAAUAGUUAAUUUAGUAGGUUGCUCAAAAACCACGCUCUAUGCAAACUUAGCAAACUCGUUACUUAAUUAUUUUAAAGUUUUGACAGAUAUUAAAGACAAGCAAGUGUUUUGAUUUUUUUUUUUUUCUCUCUUAUUGCUAUAUUUAAAACGGGGAAAAUAUGGGAGCAGGUUUCUCAGUCCCACUCUGCACUUCUGGGUUAUUUAGCCUUCCAGAGCACUUUACACCUAUUUUAUUUUGUUUUAUUUUAUGGAAGGGAAAUAUGAGAAUGUUUACAAUGACUAUAACCAUUAGGCAGCAUCCUUCUGUUUUACUUCCCACCAUAAAAUAUAUUCACUUACGCCUAUCUAAUACAGAAUAUUAAGAGUUCUGCCAUUCCCAUUCUUACUGAGUUACCCAGUUCUGUAGGCCUUUUUAGGUGCAGAAAUCACGUAAUAAAUAGCAAUAAUUGUGAAAUAGCAUAAUCAUUGCAUAUAAUUUCUAAUACAGCAGUUAACUGAAGCAAAAAGUAGCUGAAGGUUAUUCAGCUGUGCUUAGAUUUUGGAGGGCAGAAUCACAUUUGAAAAGCAGUUAUUAAAAUGAGACCUACUGCUUUAAUAGCUGUCAUAUUAUCUUCCGUAUCGAAUCACGAUCUAUGCACAAACUUGCUUAUAUGUGGUAUUUGCAUGCACAAUUUACAGACUGUGCACAGAAAAGUUUGGAAAUUAAAACCAGUAUUUUAAUAAAGUGGGCUUUAGAGUUCAAGACCUCACUUUAGAGGUCAGUUUAAGGCACCUUAAAAACUUGCCCUGGUGUUUCAGACGGUUUCUGAAUAAAUAUAACACAGUACAGGACAGCAAAGAUUAAUGAUGACUACAGUAAGAACUACAGGAUAUACGGCCAUAAAGAUAUGGGAAGAAAUAACAAAGUCCCGAGAGCAUAGUACUUGUUGGCAUUUAACUUCAACGAACUGUGCAAAGAGUUAUUAUUUAAUGCUAACAAAAUAUGCCAUAAUACUAACAGAGAAUUGACACUAGAGGAAUAGGCACAUAUUACUGCAGAAGUAAGGAACGCUGUUGAAUAACUGGACCAACUGCAACGUCACUAUUGUAAAAUAAACACAACUCCUAUUUAUUCCAGAAGCCAUACUGUGGUAUGGAAACAUUAAGGUCACAGAUGUUUUCCUUGCAAAAGUACUUUGACUCCUUUUCUCCUUAUAUUUCAUGCAAAAAUACUAAUUUGUAAAGACAGAAACCACUGUCAGCCGAUUUUUUUUACAAAUCAUUACUUAUUUCACUGUCACCUACCUUGUUUUUACAAACCAUUAGCUAUUUCUAAUUGGUACUGAAUGUUAAGUGACUUCAAAUUUAUAACGUGCUUCACAGUUAAGCAGCAGCCUCUUUUAGCUGUGCUAAAAUUAGGGGACUUGACGUUUUUUUUUAGUACGAUGCUUUGUACAAAAGGACUAGCAAGACAGUGAAAGGCUGCUGUCUCCUACAAAAGCUGUUUACGGCAAAUACGAAUUAGAUACAUCUGUACAGAAAGUAUUUAGCGUAAGCAUUCCCAUCAUAGUCAUUUUUGAGUUAUUUCUAUGGCAGGCUUACAUCUUGGUAAUAUUUUCCUGUAAUAUUAAAGAAUUGAGCUGUUGAGUACAGAUGCUCAGUGUCUUUUUCACAAGUGGGGUGGGAAAGAACAGGGAAGAUUUAGCCUGCGCACGGUCUUGUUCUGCAAUUUAAAUUGAAGCUCCUCAUGGCUUGGGGACUUAUUUUUUUGCCUUUGUGGACAUUUUCUGUACAUUCAAAUGUUUGCAAAUGGAUGGAGAGUAGCAUUUUUCUUGUCUUCAGCCAGACCUGGGUAGAGGUGACAGCAAUUUAGAGGUCAGCAAUCUGCACGAUGGACCACUGAUCAAAAAUUAUAAUCAUCCACCCAUGCAGUAAUUUUUGUCACGUUCUUGGAACCUCCCACGCAUACCUGGAGUGAAUUAUUUUGCUUGUAAACUCGGAAGAAUAAUAAAUCACGUUUCACCACCUGGAGGGUUGGGAGCGCGGUGCCGUGAGCGGCGGCCAGUUACCGCCGUGGGGCUGCACGGGGCCGCCAGUGAGGAAGGAGUGGCUGUGAAAUCACGUUGUAUCCUGCUUCUAACUUUGUAAGAACCGCUUGUCGCGGAAAUAAAAACAGCUCUUCUCA